GCAGAUAAAGAAAAAAAGUUACCGCAAUUUUAUUUUUGCUGCUGGCUUGCUUGCUCGUUAUUUGCAUGUGCAUAACUUCCGAAAUGGCUGAAGACAUGUAUUUGGAGCCGGGCACCAACAUCAAGCCCUUGUUGACGACCUCAGAAGCCGUCGAAAUUUGUGAAACGCUGUACGGGAUCACGCCGGAUAACAUCUCCGAGUUCGUCAGCUACGACGACAGAAACUUUUUGAUUCAACGCGAGAGGAGAAACAACUCCAAGGAAUGUUUCGUUCUCAAAGUCCUAAAUUCCCUUUUGUCAAAGAAACCCGAAUACGUUCAGGCCCAAAAUGCUCUCAUGACCGUCGCUUUGGAGAACGGGAUCACAACUCCGAGACUGUGUCCAAAUUUGGAAGGCGGUGUCCAGAGAAUUUUGACGAUUCGGGGAGAGAAGCAUUUAGUUCGUUUGCUGACUUACGUUCCGGGGAAGACGUUGUUCGAAGUGCCCUACGAGCCGGACAUUUUGUUCAAAUGUGGACAAUAUUUGGCGAGAGUGGACACGGCGUUGGAAGGAUUCACUGAUGAGAAUCUGAAGAACUUCUCGUCUGUGUGGUCUUUGGAUGCAGUGGGAAUGUUGAGGAAAUUUUUCGGAGCUAUCCAGGAUCAGGAUAAGUUGCGCUUGGUUUCAGACACCGUUUCAGAGUUUGAAGCUUCGAUUCAAAAUGCCAAGGAAUUCAAUUUACCUAGAGGAAUGAUCCAUGGAGAUUUCAACGAGCAGAAUAUACUGGUGACAGAAUCGGAGCGAAAUCCCGGGACAUACGAUGUUUCCGGGAUUUUGGAUUGGGGUGAUGCACAUCACUCGUUUUAUGCUUUUGAGGUCGCUAUUGCCAUGACUUAUGCGAUGAUCGAAUCAAACGUGGUGGGCCCCAUUGAAGCAGGUGGACAUCUGCUGGCGGGUUAUGUUUCAUUGCGUAACUUGAGCGACGAGGAAUUGAAUCUAUUACCCAUCUCGGUUUGCGCCAGACUGGCACAAAGCUUGACAUUCGGGACUUACACUCAUUCGAAAGACCCUUCGAAUAAUUACGUUUUAACGACCUCGGCGAAAGGAUGGUCCUUGUUGCAGCAAUUAAGAAGUUCUGGUACUUCCGACCUGCUGUACGACGUGGUCAGGUUCAUGGAAAUGCCUGUGGAGAGGGAGUCCAGUAUGGAAGAAGUCCCCCUUGAGCCCUUCAUCCAUCAAGUCGGAGGGCAUUCUUCCAUUCUUUCGCUCGAUGAAAACACCGUAUGCAAGCCUCUUGUGCGACGUGAAGUUGAGUUUUACAAGUCAUUGCCUUCGAGCAUGAAAGAAUUCACCGCUGAAUUCAAAGGUAUCGUCGAAGUUUCUUCCAUCGAGGACGAAAAUGGUGCUAUUACGCUGCUUGCUAAAGCCCCAUCGAGGAUUGUCAAGCAUCGGAAAUCAUCUCGCAGUGGAAUAAAAAACAGGUUGCGGAUUUUGAGAUCUGGAAGCGUUGAAAUUGAGGCAAAGCAAAGCGAUGUUAGAUUUGAAGAGCGUGAUCCUGGAAAAGGUACCAUCAAGAUGACAUCAAGCUUGAAUCCUUGGGUGGUUAAAUGUCACAAGCAGCACUUGACCGAAGUUGCUGGGAAGGAAUAUGCGGAGUCCAAAGUUUCGCACAAGUUCAUUGUUCUUGAAAAUUUGGCAUCUAAAAUUACUUACCCCUGCAUAUUGGAUUUGAAAAUGGGCGUCAGGAACUUUGGGGACGACGCCCCGCCAUCCAAAAUUCUGAGUCAAAAAGCGAAAGGAGCUGCCACUACGACAGGGAAACUCGGAGUUCGCAUUUGCGGAAUGCAGGUUUAUCAGUUAAAUACGGGUGGUUUUCUGUGCUGGAACAAGUACCACGGGAGGGCACUGACAGUGGACGGGUUCCAGGAUGCCCUGUGCCAGUUUCUUGACAACGGGAAAGUCUUCCGACUUGAAUUGAUACCGGGAAUUUUAUCUCGUCUGAAGCGCCUUCGAAAAUCGCUGGAGAGCUUGGAAACGUUCAGGUUUUACUGCUCGUCAUUAUUGGUAAUUUACGAGGGGGCUUUCUCUGGUCUGACUCGUGGUGUGCGUUCUGGGGCGUGGCGAGAUGAUGAUGACGUUGAGGAUGAGGAUGAAUCCGAGGAAGAGAAGCUGGAAGAAGCCGAUGAUGCUGAUGAGGCCACUGGACCGGUUUAUCCGAACGAGGAAUGCCGCGUUCAAGUGAAACUGAUCGAUUUUGCGCACGCGACUUCCAAGGGCUUCGACGACGCGGAGCACAAGCAUGUUGGUCCAGACCGCGGACUCAUCUUUGGACUUGACAACCUCAUAUCCAUUUUCCAAAAAAUCGUGGACAAAUACGGGUCUCAGUCGAUUAGAGUAACAAGAACGUUGAGAGAAGAGUGUUCUUACGCUGCACGGGAUUUGAUGGCCUGGGUUGUAGCGAAGGAAGAGUAUUUGUGCGGUAACCAGAUGGAAGCUGAGAUAGAUUUCCGGAAAUUGACGGAAACUUCAAGUGAAGAUCAUCAUGAGGAGUUGCAAGCUUUGCGUCCGAUGGCGUGUGCAUUUGGUGCGGUUGUGAACGUGUGUGGAUCGGUUACUUUCUCUCAGGGAGAAACCGUUGUGAUGUGCAGUGUUACUGGUCCAAGCCAGGCUCCGGGAUGGAUGAAAGCAAGCGGCGGGGGUGUCGUUCAAAUCGCAUUUCGACCAUCUUUUCGCAGACCGGAUAAGAUCACAUCUAGACUAGAGUCCUUCCUGAAAAGUAUAUUCACGAAGUGCAUCCCUGUGGAGAGAUACCCUUGGACCAUGCUUCAAGGAGGCAUUCCGCUGAAAGCCGUCUUCGCGGCAGUUCAAGUAUCUUUUAAGGAUGAUGAUGUUGUUAUUGUUGAUCCAUCCGAGAAGCAAGAAUGGGACUGCUUAGGGCAUGUGUAUCUGGUUUACAAUACGAAAACGAUGUCGCUUAUUGCAAGUCAGACGAGAGGCCUUGUGAAUCAAAGGAUGAGUGUUACAUCAAAGGAGUCAUGUACUCUGAAGGACACCCCUCCGGAAGUCAAAACUGAGGUUCAAGAAUGCGAGUAUGAAUUUUCUAUUGUUGAUGAAAAUCCUAAUGAAACGGGACAGGGCGUUGAGUACGAAUUUGAGGUGGUAGAAGAGCCGGAUGUGAAAGUGCAUAGCUCAGAGCUGUACUCUUACGAUGCAGUCGAAGCACGAACCAGCGUCUCAGAAAAGAACGAAGUUGUUUAUUAUAUUAUCGAAGAAGGAACAGAGGAUAUGGACGUUGGAGAAGACGAUCAUGUGGUAUUUUUGGAAGUCGAGCAAAAAGUUAACCCGCUGUCAUAUGAUGGGGAAGAAAACGUGCCGGUGGUGAAAAUCUUGAAAGCGGAAAGCGUAGAGGAGAGUCAGCCGAAGAGGAGUAAGCCGGAAAGCGGUUUCACGGAAAACAAGCAUCUUCGAUUUUUCUGCGAAGACUGCCAAGCAGGAUUUCAUUCCGAUGUGAUGCGGAUGCGGCAUUAUGAUACUGCCCACUACAUUAGCGACGGAUACCGAUGCCGUCAUUGCGGACGUUAUUUCGAUUCCUACACGUCAGCCGGUCACCACGAAGCCUUGCACGAGGAAGUGUUGCGUCAGAGGGUGUCUUGUAUCAUAUGCCAUCGUGAAGUCCGAGCAUCGUCAAUUCGCAGCCAUCUGAAGAGGGUUCAUCACGACGAUUUCGAUCUUGGCCGAGCUACUCGCGCCGCAUUUCAGUGUAAGUUGUGCGAAUUUAAAUCGUGGUAUGAGAUCAGCUGCCAUUUGCACGUCAUGUUGAUACACGGGGAAGUGGACAGUGACCCUUUUGUGGUUCGAGACGUCAUGGUUUGUCCUACGUGCGGGAAGCGCUUCAUGCAGCGUCGCGAAUACUCUCUGCACGUUAUUCGUCACGAGGACCCAUUUUACGAAACUGAGGAGUGCCACGUUUGCAACGAGCGAGUGAAGAAACGAUACAUGGGUUAUCAUAUGAGACGCCAUCGCCCGCCGAAGGCCCCUAGGAGAGUCUUUGAGUGUUCUUUGUGCGGUGCCCGAUUUCGGGCCAAGUAUAUAUUUGAAAAUCACAUGUCCGAACGUCAUGAAGCUCCGGGAUUCAGGAGACGCAAUAUUGAAAAGAUGCCGUGUCCCGAAUGUAACAAGUCCUUUGUUGACUCGGAGCAGCUUUGCCAUCACGCUUUGAAGAUUCACGGGCUUCAGCUGGAUGGAUUACGAACGAUUUCCGUGGAGAUGCCUUGCGACUUAUGCCGCCAUGAAACGGAAGUAAACCGCAGUUGGGAGGAAGUGCUUUUGAAGCAUUUUCAAGGAGAUGUUCAGGAAUUUUUAGACGACAAUGGCUUGGGAAACGACUGCGAUUUCUCCACAGGCGUCUGUAAAGAGUGUCUGGAGUUGAUCGUACGUUUGGAUCGUAUUAAUGGCGAGCAUGCGGAGACGUUGCUGCGCAUUCGACAGAGGCAGAGUAAUACAACACCAAGUUUUUCCGCCGAGAAGCUGAAUCAGGCCUUCGCUGACGAUUCUCCAGAAAAUGACGGUUUACCCGAAUUCGAAGAUCCCGAGUUGGAAGAUCUGCUUGUUCAUUUGUGUGACAAAGCUGAGGAAUCGUAUAUUUCGCCGCAAAAAACUGUUCUUGCUCAUAAAUCUGAGUCGAAUGAAAUUUUGGAGUCUGGGGAAGACUGCGAGCCUCCCACUGAUGACCAUCUCCGAGUUCUAAAGUCGACUUUUGGACACCAUCAAUUUCGUCCGUAUCAAUGGAAGAUUAUUCACAACGUGUUGGUCGCGAAACGUGAUCAAUGCAUCAUCAUGGCCACUGGCUACGGAAAAAGUUUAUGCUACCAAUUUCCGGCUGUUUAUUCCGAAGGGCUUACGGUUGUCAUCUCGCCAUUGAUCUCUCUCAUGGAAGACCAGGUAAUGGCGUUGACUCAAGCAGGAAUUUCGGCAUCAUUCCUGGGCUCUGCGCAAAACGACAAGAGUGUAGCAAAGCAGGUUUCCUCUGGAACGAUGAGAAUGCUCUACCUCACCCCUGAAUUCAUUUCCGUUGAUCUUGAAUACGUUUUUCAAAUAUUCAAGAAUGUGCCUUGCGGGAUCACCCUUUUCGCCAUUGAUGAAGCUCACUGCGUUAGCCAGUGGGGUCAUGAUUUCCGUCCUUCGUACCGAGCCUUAGGAGCACUGAAAAAAAAAUUUCCCGAAGUACCGAUACUCGCGGUGACUGCCACUGCAACCGCAGCUGUGGAAAACGAUAUUUGUUCGUCUUUGAAUUUAGUGAACCCGUUGCGGCUGUGUACGGGAUUCGACAGACCGAAUUUAUUCUUAUCCGUGAAGCACAAGAGCACGGAUGUGUUCCGAGAUCUGGCGCCCGUGCUUUUUCCGGGCGUGGCUUUUUCGUCCAUACGAACGAUCGGUUUGAAUCCGACGGAGUUGAAGUGCGGGGCGACCAUCAUCUAUUGUCCAACUAGGAAGAGCGUGGAGUCCGUGGCGGAUGCGUUGAGGGCCAGGGGGAUUCCUUGCGUGAUGUAUCACGCCGGGAAAUCUUUGGAUGAAAGGAAACGAGCCCAUCAGGCAUUCAUCAAGGACGAGGUCUCAAUUAUCGUGGCGACAAUCGCGUUCGGAAUGGGAAUCGAUAAACCUGACGUGAGAAACGUGGUUCAUUACGGUGCUCCGCGGGAAAUGGAAUCCUACUAUCAAGAAAUUGGACGAGCAGGUCGUGACGGCUUGGCAUCCACGUGUCAUGUGUAUUAUGAGCCCAAAGACUUCCACGUGCAUCGUUUCUUCCUGUCCACUAUUCAAAAUGAGAAGCACAGGGAAAAUCGUGCAAAGUUGAUCGACGCAAUGGAAAGCUUUUUAUUCUCCGACGCUUGUCGUCGUCAAGCGAUUCUCGGCCACUUUGCACGUGCCUCUAAUCGCUCGGUCGGCGAAUCGGCUCUCUUUGGAACCAAAGACUGUUGUGAUUUUUGCCGUCGCGGAGGAGACAAGAGCAACCGUGUGGAGUCCAUGGACUUUGCUCGUGACACAUUGCUUUUUUUGGACUCCGUUACGGCCUGUGGGGAAAAAAACGGGCUGGGAAUGAUUGUGAAUGUGCUUCGCGGCUCGAAUGCGAAAAAUGUUCGGCCAUCUUUAAAGCACAGCUCUUGUUUUGGGAAAGGGAAACAUCACUCGGAAGCGUACUGGAAGGCGUUCGGACGGAUAUUGUUGCACGACAACUAUGUCGAGGCGAAAAAUAUUUCUACUUCUUUUGGGAAUAAGCCGAAGUUUAACCUCAUGCAGAUUAUUCAGCUGACUGAUAAAGGAAGGAAUUAUCGGGCAUCCUGCAUCGGAUACAACGAGAACUCUCUUCCUCCUCUCCUACUUGCUCCAUCCCAAGAACUACUUUCGUUGACGAUGAAGCCUAUUUUCACGGACAAUGAAAUCCCUGACAGUCAAACCAAGCUCACUUUCCACGUCUCUUCUACGUCUUCGAAUAAACCAGAGGAGCCCAAAAAAGACAAGCGCGAGUUGGAACUAGAACACAUGUUGUAUCUAGAGCUGUUGGACGUGCGUCGGGACGUGGCAUCCAAACAUUCCUGUAUCCCAUCCAUUGUAGUAUCCAACAAGGCACUUGCAAAUGCCUCCAUGCAAAGACCCUCGAGUUUCGAAAAUCUCAGACGAGUCGAUGGUUGGACUGAUCGUCAACUGUCUCACUUUGGAAAAGAGUUUGCGGAAAAGGUGGCCGAAUUCUGCAAGUUUUAUUCUUUGCAAACCGAUUGCUUCGGGGAUGAAGAUGACGUUGGAGCUGAGACAGAGCAAGAAAAUCUCGGGACUGUACUUCGUCAUUGGAAUUAUUUCGCUGUGCCUGGUUCGGAAAAGUGGCGAAAGCAGAGAGAAUUUUUGGACGGGAAGCGAGAGGAUUUGCAGGCUGAAGCGAGAAGCAUUCUGGCGGCGACUGUCGGAGAAACGUAUUGCUUGUAUAAUUUUUCGUCCGCCCCAAAGACAUUUGAAGAAGUGGCGGCUUUGCGGCAACGGGCCACGUCUACAAUAUCCUCGCAUCUGGCCGAUGCUAUUCGUCAGGGCUUUCGAAUGAUGUUUUUUCCUGUCGACUUCGACUGUGCGAAACUGAAGGUCGUAGCCGGCAUUGUAUCCGCCGCGAAGCGUGAAGAAAAAAUACUUUCUGAUUCAGAAGUAAAAGCGAGGCUUCCGGAUUCUUACACUUGGGGUGACGUUAAACUCGGUCUCGCCAUUUAUUCUGUGUGCGGGGACGACAUUUUCACCGAUUCUCAGUCCCAAAGGGAAGAGGACAUAGAAGAUUAUGAUGAUGAUUCUCUCGAAUGGCGCUUGUCACCGGUGGAGAAUUCGUCCAUUUUCAGUCAAGAGGAACCAGCUCGUCACGGGGAUGGAAUUUCAGUCGAGGAAGCCAUUGGCAUCGUGACGGGCUAUCAACCUCCGCCGCUCGCGCUAGGCUUGGAUUUGGAGCCUCAGUUCAAAAGGAAACUCGUUUCGUCUGCUGCACACCCGAGGAACACAAAAGCGAAGAAAAGCUUUUUUGAUGGACUAUGA